AUGGAAGGCGGGCUGGAGGUGAGGGAGGAGGAGGUGGUGAUAGUAGGGGCGGGAAUAGCAGGGCUGGCGACGGCGGUGGCGCUGAAGAGAGUUGGGGUAAGGUGUUUGGUGUUGGAGAGAUCUGAAGGGCUGCGGGCCACCGGUGCCGCCCUUACCCUCUUCCCCAACGCUUGGCUGGCGCUCGACGCACUGGGUGUGGCUCACAAGCUCACUCCUCGUUAUCCUCCUUUGCUCAAGAUUCGGGCCGGGCCCAGAACGGUCCACCGAAAAGCUUUGCUGGAGACCCUAGCGGAGGAACUGCCAGCCAACACAAUCCGUUUCUCUUCCAAGAUCUCAUCCAUUCAAACGCAGCCAGGAGGAGGUUCUUUGCUACCCAUCUUGCAUUUGCAAGAUGGUACUGUUAUCAAAGCCAAGGUUUUGAUAGGAUGCGAUGGGGUGCACUCGGUGGUGGCACGUUGGUUGGGGCUCUCUGCACCGAUUCAUUCUGGCCGGUCCGCUGCCCGUGGGCUAGCCCGCUUUCCUGAACCCCAUGGACUCGAGCAUGCAAUCUAUCAGUUUCUGGAUUCAGAGAAAAGGGCUGGUUUUGUUCCUCUAAGUGAUAAAGACUUCUACUGGUUUCUCAUCUGCAAAUCUACUGCAAAAGAAGAUGCUAAGUUGGGUGGAAACCCAGAACUCUUACAAAGAGAAAUAAUUGAGAACUUGGCAAAGGACUUCCCUUCCGCGUACUUGGACGUCGUUCGUCAUGCUGAUGUCUCAGAGUUGACAUGGGCACCGCUGGUGUUGAGGUACCCGUGGAAUGUGAUAUUUGGAAAUGUUUGCCAAGGUAACAUUACUGUGGCCGGUGAUGCCAUGCACCCUAUGACGCCUGAUCGAGGCCAGGGCGGCUGCUCAGCCUUGGAGGAUGCCGUGGUCCUAGGGAGGCACAUUGGGGAAUCAUUCAUCCGAAACAAUGGCCAAAUUUUGCCACAAGAGACUGCAGAAGCCUUAAAGAGGAUGGGCGCAACAAAGUGGCUCAGCGUGGUGGAUGAAGCUACUAAGGGAUGUGAUAUUCUAUAG